GCGGCUUCACGGAGCGCUGUAAUGUGAAAAGCCGCAUUUGCACUAUUAGUAUUCUAACACUGGAAAGAAAAACACGAGGGCCCGUUUCUUUUCUCCUCACAGCUCAAGUCAUAUCCCGAGAGUGGAUUAACACAUUUAAGCGCUACAACCAUGUCCAGGCCAGCGGGGGGCAGUAUUAAUGAUGUCGCCUCGUUCCUGUCCACGGGGGCAGGGCCUGGGUCACCAACCUCAAUGUUUUCCGCCUCUAGCCAAGCUGAUUGGGCGGCUAAGAGACUCGUAUGGGUGCCUUCAGAGAAACAUGGCUUUGAGUCUGCCAGCAUGCGCGAGGAGCGAGGCGAUGAGGUGGAGGUGGAGCUUACAGACAGUGGGCGGAAACUAACACUUCUGAGGGAGGAGCUUCAGCGGAUGAACCCUCCCCGAUUCAGUAAAGUUGAAGACAUGGCCGAUCUCACAUGCCUCAAUGAAGCCUCUGUCUUACAUAACCUACGAGAGAGAUACUAUUCAGGACUCAUAUAUACAUACUCCGGCCUGUUUUGCGUGGUGAUUAACCCCUAUAAGAACCUGCCAAUCUACACAGAGUCCAUUAUAGAGAUGUACCGUGGCAAGAAACGACAUGAGAUGCCUCCACAUAUCUAUGCCAUAUCGGAGGCGGCGUACAGGAGCAUGCUGCAAGACCGAGAAGAUCAGUCUAUUCUCUGCACAGGGGAAUCCGGUGCAGGAAAAACAGAAAACACCAAAAAAGUGAUUCAGUAUUUGGCACAUGUGGCGUCUUCACACAAGUCUGGUACUCUGGGGCGACCCAAAGACACUGUUGUACAGAUGGAUGGUACUCGCUCUCUGGGUCGUGGCAGUAGCGCUGUGAACAGGACCGUGCAGUAUGGGGAGCUGGAAAGACAGUUACUGCAAGCAAACCCUAUUCUUGAGGCCUUCGGCAACGCCAAGACUGUCAAAAACGAUAACUCUUCCAGAUUUGGCAAAUUCAUCAGAAUCAAUUUUGAUGUUGCUGGAUAUAUUGUUGGUGCUAAUAUUGAGACUUAUCUGCUAGAGAAGUCUCGAGCCAUUCGUCAGGCUAAAGACGAGCGAACCUUCCAUAUCUUCUACCAGCUUCUCUCUGGUGCAACUGAGGCCAUGAGAAAGGAGCUUUUGCUGGGAGGCGCAGAUCAAUAUCGCUUCCUCUGUGGAGGGUCACUUCCUGUUCCAGGUCAAAGUGAUUCAGAAAACUUCACUCAGACAAUGGACUCGAUGACCAUCAUGGGCUUCACCCAGGAGGAAUCUACAUCCAUGUUAAAGGUGAUCUCUUCAGUGCUGCAGUUUGGGAACAUCACGUUUCACAAAGAGAAGAACACAGACCAGGCUUCAAUGCCGGAUGACACUGCAGCGCAGAAACUCUGCCACCUGCUGGGCAUCAGUGUGCUGGAGUUCAGCCGUGCCAUUCUCACUCCUCGCAUCAAAGUGGGCCGUGAAUAUGUCCAGAAGGCCCAGACCAAGCAGCAGGCUGACUUUGCAGUGGAAGCUUUGGCAAAGGCCACAUAUGAGCGUCUAUUUCGCUGGCUUGUACAUCGGAUCAAUAGAGCUCUGGACCGCAGACAGCGUCAAGGAGCCUCGUUCAUCGGCAUUCUGGACAUCGCUGGAUUUGAGAUCUUCCAGCUAAACUCGUUCGAGCAGUUGUGCAUCAACUACACUAAUGAGAAACUGCAGCAGCUCUUCAAUCACACCAUGUUUGUGCUGGAGCAAGAGGAGUAUCAGCGAGAGGGCAUUGAGUGGAACUUCAUUGACUUCGGUCUGGAUCUUCAACCCUGUAUCGACCUCAUUGAAAGACCGGCUCAUCCUCCUGGUGUGUUGGCGUUGUUGGAUGAGGAGUGUUGGUUUCCUAGGGCAACUGAUCGCUCGUUUGUGGACAAGUUGUCAGCUGAGCAGGGUUCACAUUCAAAGUUCAUGCGACCCCGGCAGCUGAAAGAAGAGGCAGACUUCUCCAUUGUACACUAUGCUGGCAAGGUGGACUAUAAGGCAAACGAGUGGCUGGUGAAAAACAUGGAUCCUUUGAAUGAUAAUGUUGCAUCUCUACUGCAUCAGUCAUCUGACCCAUUCAUCUCUGAGCUCUGGAGGGAGGAUAUUCAAACUCUUCCUCGCGUGUACUUUUUUGACUCUUAUGCCACACUGCAAACCAAUGGCUGUGACAGCAUGGAGAGGAUUGUGGGUCUGGAUCAGGUGUCAUCAGGUGAGAACAGUGGACCGGUGAGUUUUGGGGCUGCUGGACUCAAGACGAAGAAGGGCAUGUUCCGCACGGUGGGCCAACUCUACAAAGAGUCCCUCACUAAACUGAUGGCCACUCUUCGCAACACCAACCCAAACUUUCUGCGCUGCAUCAUUCCCAACCAUGAGAAAAGGGCUGGAAAGUUGAGUCCUCAUUUGGUUCUUGAUCAGCUGAGGUGUAACGGGGUGCUGGAGGGGAUCAGGAUCUGCAGACAGGGCUUUCCAAACCGCAUUCCUUUUCAGGAGUUCAGGCAAAGGUAUGAGAUCCUGACUCCAAAUGCUAUUCCUCGAACCUUUAUGGAUGGCAAACAUGCAUCUGAGCUCAUGAUCAGUGCUUUAGAGUUGGACAAGAAUCUUUUUCGGGUGGGACAGAGUAAGGUGUUCUUCAGGGCUGGGGUUUUGGCUCAUCUGGAGGAAGAACGAGACUUGAAGAUCACUGACACCAUUAUUCGUUUCCAGAGCGCAGCUCGUGGAUACCUCGCUAGAAAGGCGUUCCAUAAGAAGCAGCAGCAGCUCAGUGCUCUGAGAGUGAUGCAGAGGAACUGUGCAGCAUAUCUGAAGCUCAGAAACUGGCAGUGGUGGAGACUCUUCACCAAGGUGAAGCCCUUGUUGCAGGUGACCCGUCAGGAUGAAGAGAUUCAAGCUCGGGAAGCACAGCUUCAGAAAGCCAAAGACAAGCUGAGUAAACUAGAGCUUGACUUUACUGAACUAGACAAGAAAAACCAACAGCUGAUUGAGGAGAAGUCAGUCUUGACCGACCAGCUGCAGGCCGAGGCAGAGUUAUUUGCGGAAGCAGAGGAAAUGAGAGCACGGCUGGCCAAUCGCAAACAGGAGCUUGAAGAUGUGUUGGGGGAGCUUGAGAGCCGAUUGGAGGAGGAAGAGGAGAGGACUGUUCAGCUGACCAAUGAGAAAAAGAGGAUGCAGCAACAUGUGCAGGAUCUGGAAGAACAGCUAGAGGAGGAAGAAGGGACACGUCAGCGCCUCCAGCUGGAGAAAGUUACUCUGGAAAGCAAAGUGAAGAGUCUGGAAGCAGAGACCUUGACUUUGGCAGAGCAGAGGGACAGAUUCAGCAAGGAGAAGAAACAGCUGGAAGAGAGACUAAAUGAAGUAACAGAUCAGCUCACAGAAGAAGAGGAGAAGGUGAAGAGUCUCAACAAGCUGAAAAACAAGCAGGAAGCUGUCAUCGCUGAUAUAGAAGAGCGUCUAAAAAGGGAAGAGCAAGGCCGUCUGGAACAGGAGAAGUGGAAGAGGCGGAUGGAAGGAGAAGCAGUGGAGGCUCAAGAGCAGCUGUCUGACAUGAGCUUACUCGUCACUGAGCUGAGAGGAAGCCUGAGCCAGAGAGAGAAAGAGAUCACCACAUUACAGACAAGGCUGGAAGAAGAAGGAGCACGUCGUACAGAGGCUCAGAGAGCCCUGAGAGAGGCCAUGUCUCAGGUCUCUGAGCUCAAAGAGGAGGUGGAGAAUGAACGAGGGAUGAGGGAAAGAGCUGAAAAACAGAGGAGAGAUCUUGGAGAGGAGUUAGAGGCUUUGAGGACUGAGCUGGAAGAUACUUUGGACACUACAGCUGCUCAGCAAGAACUCAGGUCUCGUCGUGAAGCUGAGUUAGGAGAGCUUCAGAGAUGUUUAGAGGAAGAAACUCGUCGUCAUGAAGCCCAGCUGUCAGAGCUCCGUAUCAAACACACUGCUGCCAUAGACUCACUUCAGGAGCAACUUGACAACACCAAAAGAUCCCGUCAGUCGCUGGAGAAGGCAAAGGCUGUUAUGGAGGAGGAGCGCUUGAAUCUGAGUGCUGAACUGAAGACUUUACAGGGAGGGAAGAUGGAGAGCGAAAGGGGCAGAAAAAGAGCAGAAGGACAGUUACAGGAGCUCAACGCACGCCUCUCGCAGGCAGAGAGAGAAAGAGAAGAGAGAGAGGAACGUCUCAGUAAACUACAGUCAGAGCUUGAGUCUCUGUCCAGCUCCCUCUCCUCAUCUGACUCCAAAUCUCACCGCCUUCAUAAGGAGGUCAGCAGCCUGGAGAGCCAACUGCAUGAUGUGCAGGAGCUACUACAGGAAGAGACACGGCAGAAGUUGGCACUAGGUUCACGUGUACGUGCUCUUGAGGAAGAGAAAGCUGGACUAAUGGAGAGAUUAGAGGAGGAGGAGGAGAAGACUAGAGAACUUACACGCCAGAUUCAGAACCAUACACAACAGCUGGCUGAUCUGAAGAGGCAGACCGAGGAAGUCAAUUCAGCAGUGGAGGCUGGGGAGGAGACCAGGAGAAAGAUGCAGAGAGAUUUGGAGAACGCCGUACAGAGAGAGAGAUCCAAAGAAGAGGAGAAAGAGCGCAUAGAGAGACAGAAAGAACGGCUGAGAGAGGAGAUAGAGGACAUGACCAUCGCUCUGCAGAGAGAGAGACAGAACUGCACUGCUCUGGAGAAGAGACAGAAGAAAUUUGAUCAGUGUCUGGCAGAGGAGAAGGCAGUGAGUGCUCGGCUGCAGGAGGAACGUGACCGCGCUGAAGCAGAGAGUCGAGAGAAGGAGACGCGCUUCCUGUCUCUCUCUAGAGCAUUGCAGGAAGCAACAGAGCAGAGAGAUGAAUUGGAGAGAACCAAUAAGCAGCUUCGCCUGGAGAUGGAGCAGCUGGUCAAUGCCCAAGAUGAUGUCGGCAAAAAUGUCCAUGAGCUGGAGCGUUCUCGGCGGGCUUUGGAAACAGAGGCGCAGUCUCUGAAAGAACAGACGCAGGAGUUGGAGGAUGAGUUGGGAGAGGCGGAGAACGCUCGUCUCCGACUGGAGGUCACACUUCAGGCCCUCAGAGCUCAGUUUGAACGAGAGAUCAGCACCAAGGAGGAGAAAGGAGAAGAAAAGAGGAGGGCACUCAACAAACAGGUACGAGAACUUGAAACAAUGCUUGAGGAGGAGAAGACUCAAAGAGCUCAGGCUUUGACUGUUAAGAAACAACUGGAGACAGAGCUGCAAGAGGCAGAGGCUCAGGUGGAAGCAGCCAAUCGGGGCAGAGAAGAAGCGUUUCGCCAGAUGAAACGUCUCCAGACUCAGAUGAAGGAGCUUAUUCGUGAGCUUGACGAAACCAAGUUGGCUCGAGAUGAGAUUGUUGCCCAAUCAAAGGACAGCGAAAAACGUCUGCAGACACUGGAGGCAGAACUAUUGCAGCUGACAGAGGAUCUGUCUGUUUCUGAGAGGCAGAAGAGGCAAGCCCAGCAGGAAAGAGAUGAAAUGGCAGAUGAAAUCAUCAACAGUGCAACUGGAAAAUCUGCUCUUUUUGAUGAGAAGCGGCGCCUUGAAACUAGAAUCACUCAGAUGGAGGAAGAGUUAGAAGAGGCACAGAGCAAUGCUGAACUACUAGCUGAGAGGCAGAGGAAGAGCACCUUACAGAUUGAAACACUUACAGUCCAGUUAUCUGGAGAAAGGACACUAGCGCAGAAGAGUGAAGGUGCGCGAGAGACUCUGGAGAGGCAGAAUAAAGAGUUAAAGACUCGUCUCAGUGAGAUGGAGGGAGCUGUGAAGGGGAAACAUCGCCUCAGCGUCGCUGCCCUGGAGGCUAAGAUCGAAUCGAUGGAGGAACAAGUGGAGCAAGAAAGACAAGAGCGAGCCAUGGCCAAUAAGCUGGUGAGGAAAACAGAGAAGAAACUGAAAGAAGUUGUGAUGCAAGUGGAGGAUGAAAGAAGGCAUGCAGAUCAAUAUAGAGAGCAGUUGGAUAAGUCCAUGGGGCGUCUCCGUCAACUGAAGAGGCAGCUAGAGGAGGUGGAGGAAGAGAACUCUCGCUCCAAUGCCCAGCGCAGGAAACUACAGCGAGAGCUGGAGGAAAUGAGCGACAGCAUGCAGAGCAUGAACCGCGAGCUCAACACUCUCCGCUCCCAACUCAGCAUCACAGAACGCCAGAAGUCAGAACAGCGAGCUCCGCUCCCUCUGUCCAUGCGUGCUGGCCGCAGAGCUCUGGUGGAUGACCUUUCUCAGGAGAACUCUGAUUCUGAAGAUCCAGGUGCUUCUCCCACGCCAUCCAGCGGCCCACCGGGUACCCCCACACCCUCAGACAACGCCCUGGGCCCCCCUCCCCCCUACAGCCUUACAGAUGCUGAAUAAGAAUGGGCAAGAUGGACAAUUUUACUGGUUUAACUCGCAUAGCUUUUGCAAUCGUACCCAUAACAGAACAUCCGUGCAGUUACACAUAACUUGAAAACUAGUUGAUAUGAUUUAUCGAUUUUAAAUGAACUGACAAAUUAGCAUGCAAGAUGGAGAAAGAUUAUUGUACUAUAGAAACCAAGCAAACAGUGAAAGGACUGCAGAAGUGAAAAUCACAUUUCCUAGCAUUCCUUGGGAAAUGAAGUACUGUAUAUCGAUGCAGUAUAUCAGGCUCGUUGUGGCAGAAUUGUGAUGGCCACCUCAAGCUUGAUUUCAAUCAGUUUAAAGCCAUGUGUUUAGGUGAAAUUUGCAUGUGGGUGGCAAUCAAAAGCCAUCGGGGUUUACACAGAUGAUCCACAAUCAGGCUAGAAUGUGUCAUCUGUGCUCGCACAAGCCAUCAAAUCCUCAAAGCACUGAGAAACUUUCUCUCUCUCACUUCUGAAACAAUAUCAUGCUUAAAGACAGUGAGAACUGAAUAAGAAUUUCUCUUAGGUAUUUUAAAAUAUCAGUGUUUUAACAUUUUAGAGGUGGUAGCGUUACUUAACACAUAGAAAAUAAUGCUUUUUGCUAAACGUGAUUUGGCAGAGAUGAUGAUUAUGGAAGCCCAUUUUUCCCCUAGAGUAAUAGAAUAACAAAAGUAUUUGGGGAUUUAUAUCACAAAAUUGCAUUAUUCUUUCAUCAGUGUUGUGAUUUUACAACAUUCAGUUGAGAGAAACAAACUUUAUAUCUUAGUUGCAACAUUCUCAGUAUCGUUACUCUGUAUGUCACAGGUUUAUUUCACUUGUGACUUUAAGUCUCACCAUUACAACUUUUGCAGUAUUGUAACUUUACACCUUGGAAUUUUAAUCCUGCUAAUUGCAACUUUACAAUUGCGACAGUCCCAAAAUUGUGAAUUUUAUUACUUGAAAAUGCAAGUUUGCUUCUUGCAAUUAUGACUUUAUUACUGAUGGUGUGACUUUUUUUUUUGCAACUUUCCUUUUCAAAAUUGUAAUAUUUACAUCUCGCAGAUAUAGACUUAUUUGUCUUAAAUGUGACUUUAGAACUCGCAGUGUGACUUUAUAUCUCACAAUUGUGACUUUCUCAGUAUUGCAACCUCAUGUCACAACUGCAAGUUUGUUUCUUGCAACUGUGACUUUAUAUCUCACUGUGUGAGUUUUUAUAUCGGAAUUACUCUUUCUCUAAAUGGUGAUUUUAACUCUUGCAAUUGGAUGUUUGUUUCUCACAAUUGUGACUUUAUAACUUACAGUGUGACUUUAUAUCUCACAAUUACAUCUUUCUAAGUGUAGUAACUUGAAACGUUCCAAUUUAAGGGUUUGUUCUCGCUAUUUGCGACUCAGAGUGACUUUAUAUCUCACAAUUGUGACACUCUCAAUAUUGUGAUUUUACAUCUUUGCAUCUCUUGCAGUAGUAGCUCCAACUUGCAGUGUAACUUUAUACUCAUUGCCAUCUUUUUUUCAAUAUUGUAAUUUUACAUCUAACAAAUAUAAGGUGGCAUUUACACUAGUGCAUUUUUGUUUUUAAAAUGGCAUUUUAGAAUCCAGACUGCAAUUUUAAUCUCUAUCCAUGCUAUACAGCCUAAAACACAUGAAACUCUACACCCAAAAAUAUAUGUAUAUAUUGCUGCUUGUUCAAACUACGUAUUUUAAAUGAGCUGAAACAAAACAAAUCUUGAGAUUUUUUUGCGGCAACUUAGAGUGCUUUCACACUAGCACUUUUAGUCAGCACCCUGGUUCGUUUGACAUCAGAGUAUGGUACGUUUAGCUAGUGUGAACAUUGUUUUCUGAAUUCGGGUCUGCACCUGUGAACCAUACCUGAGUCCGCCUGUUAGUUCGUGCGAACUCUGGUAUGGUUCACUUCUGAUGUGAAUGCAAUUGUACCAAAUUACGGAAGUGAACUGACAACUGUACAACAAACUUUAAUUUUCAUAACGUUCAUUCGUGUGUGUAUGUCUGUGUAUUACCUACCUUGGCAACAAGCAGGACUGAUCCAAUGCCAACAGUGAUAAUGUCUGCUUGUUUCCACCAAAAACGACUUCUGCAGACAUUGCCUGAUGUUCUGAACGUUUUGAUAACAAAAUCAAAAGUUUCAGCAAAGCGCAUAGAAUCACCAAGAGGUGACACUCUAGUGCGAUUUGGGAAACAGCCACUAGAUGGCGCAGUGUCAAUUUUGGAAUGAAAAUUCCAAUAGAACAACAUCAUUAUACAAGUUUGUAAAAUAAACUAUUAAAAGUGCUGAUGAUUGUGAUUGUAAGUGUUUUCAAAUUAAAAUGGGGUCUUUAGUGCUUUCAAAAUGCUCCAUUUUCGCAGGUCGAAGACGUCAAGAGUAGUGUGGAUGACAGGCAUAACUAACAAAACAUAUUUAAAAUGAAAACGCACUAGUGUAAAUAGCACCAAAGUUUGUUCCUUGGAUUUGUAAUUUUAUACAUGACAGUGUGAAUAAUAUCUCUCAAUUAUAACGUUCUCAGUAUUGAGACUAUACACUCACCGGUCACUUUAUUAGGUAUACCUUACUAGUACCGGGUUGGACCCUCUUUUGCCUUCCUCAAAGAUUUUGGUCCAUAUUGACAUGAUAGCAUCACGGAGUUGCUGCAGAUUUGUCGGCUGCACAUCCAUGAUGUGAAUCUCCCGUUCCACCACAUCCUAAAGGUGCUCUAUUGGAUUGAGAUAUGAUGACUGCGGAGGCCAUUUGAAUACAGUGAACUCAUUGUCAUGUUCAAGAAACCAGAUGAUUUGCGCUUUAUUACAUGGCGCGUUCUGAAGUAGCUAUCAGAAGAUGGGUACACUUUGCUCAUAAAGGGGUGGAGGUGGUCAUUAACAAUACUCAGGUAGACUGUGCUGUUGAUACGAUGCUCAAUUGGUACUAAUGGGCCCAAAGUGUGCCAAGAAAAUACCUGGGUUGUAACGAGUGGUUAUUUGAUUUACUGUUGCUUUUGUAUUAGCUCGAACCAGUCUUGCCAUUCUCCUCUGACCUCUGGCAUCAACAAGGCAUUAGCGCCCACAGAACUGCCGCUCACUGGAUAUUGUCUCUUUUUUCUCUUUUUCAUGGUUGUGCGUGAAAAUCCCAAUAGAUCAGCAGUUUCUGAAAUACUCAGACCAGCCCAUCUGGCACCAAAAACCAUGCCACGUUCAAAGUCACUUAAAUAAUCUUUCUUCCCUAUUCUAAUGCUCGGUUUGAACAGCAAAAGAUCGUCUUGACCAUUCCUAAAUGCAUUUAGUUGCUGCCAUGUGAUUGGCUGAUUAGAAAUUUGCGUUAACGAGCAGUUGGACAGGUGUACCUAAUAAAGUGGCCAGUGAGUGUACAUCUAGCAACUGCAGGUUUGUUUCAGCUAAUAUUUGACAGUGCAACUAUUUCACAAUUGCAGCUUUCUCAAUAUUGUGACUGUUUAUGUGACUUUAUAAUUCAAAAUGUGACCUUAUAUGUCAAAACAACAUCUAUAUCGUGCAGUAUGACUUAACAUCUCAGCUUUUUAUCUCACAGUGCGACUUUUAAACGUUUAUCUCACUGUUACUUUUUUAUUUUUUUACUCCGAGGUAAAAAGGGGGCUUCCAUAUGACGAGCUACACGCACAAAUCUAUGAUUGUAUCAAAUGAAAAGUGAGAAAGAGAAAAUAGCUUUUGUAUUAAAUGAAUAUAUGCUACAAAUUUGAGCUGUCCAUUUACAUCUUAGCCAUAACUUGACCAUAAGAAAAGAAUGGGGAUACACAAAAUAAAUGAUAAAAAAAAUCAGCCAAAGCUGACAGAUUUCACCUCCAUGUAGAUUUAGCUGUAACAAUUCUUAGAUAUUUGAUAUAUACCUGCUUCGAUCUCAUUCAAACUUUAGUAUUCAGUUCAACUCCCUAUUAAGUUCGGGGUUUUUGUGCUGCUGAUCGCAUACCCUUUUAGAUACUGUGCGUAGAUAGAUAGUUGGCUUUAAAGGGAUGCUUUGGGUGGUAGUGAUAUACAGUAGAUAGUUAGGAUUUCUUAAUUUACGUCUUAACACGACAGCUCCAGUUUCAGACUACUGACUUGUAAUUUUUAUCAAGUAAGACAAUUCCAGUGUGCAGUCUUUAUUUAUUUCGUUUUAUAUUGUUUUUGUCUGCACAUAGACAUGUCAUGGUUAUUUGUAUAGUUUGAAAUGUUAGUAAAAACAAGGCAAAUUGAAAGAUUUUGAGGGUAAAGAUGGCUUUACGUGUUAUCAGCAACACUGGACAUCAUCAUUUCACCAUUUAAGCUACAAUGAGGCUCAGAUAAAAGAACACAUUUUUCACAAAUAACACAUCUGUAAGUGUAAUUGAGAGCGUUUUUAAUGACAGACAAGUCUGAAAUCAGUUUUAUGGCGUAUUUCAAAGAUGUGAACAUAUGAUAUUUUGUCUGUUUUUGGUUCCCGAGGGGUUGAAGGCUGCUAGUUACUUUUUAAUUAUCUCGUUUUAUCAAUGUAUUUUUUUUUGUAUCAAAGAAACAUACUGUAUUUUUGUUUGUUUGUUCAUUUUUGAAUGUGGUAAAUAUUUAUGGAUCCAAGCUUUUAUGUUGAAACACGAUCUAGGGCAUAUGGAUGACUUAAAGGGACAUUAUUCUAGCUGUAUGCAUGUCAACAGUGCCUGUAGUGUCUGCCGAAUAUACAAAAUGGACGCCAUUGAAAAAAUCAGUCAAAUAAGAACGAGGUGUGGAAUAUGAUAAAUAAAUUGCAAUAUUAGGUCUCCCUGAACAGCAAUCUGGCUCAGACAUCCUUCUCAAAGAUGCUUUUUUUUGCAUACAGACAGUUGAUGGGAUGAUUUUAGAGGACUUUUGAAAGUUACUUCACCAUGUCAAAUGACUGGCGUGUGUGUAACUAGCAUUAUUUUUUUAAUUUACAGAUAUUGUGUGGUGAGGCACAUUUUGAUACGUUGCGUCAGGCUUACACACACUUGUUUUCAUCUAACAGUGUUGAACUGUGAAUAAUAAUCGUUUGUCACCAUUAAGUAUUAGAACAUGUUUAAGAUCUGUUCUGCCUGUGAAACUGAAUGCUGUUAUUACUACACAGUACCUAUAAAUCGGGAAGCAGGGUUUUCAUGUCCGAUUCCAUUGUACGUAAAAUGUGUGUAAUAGAUUGUGUAGAUCACAUUUUUGAUACUGUGUUAUUUCCCCCUAUAGUUAAAGAAGUAAGUGUGUUUUAAUUUCUGAUCUUUAGAAUCAAUAUGGAAUUGUAUGUAGUUGCUGACUGAAAGCGAGGAAACCAUGCUGUUAAAGACUAAAGGAUAGAAUCACACACACAAAGCCAAAAGACUCAAGCCUUGCACAGCAGAUUUUGUUAUUCUACUCAUUUGUCCAUGUUCGAUCAUAUUCCUGAUAUUUGCCUAUAAUUUAUAAAUUCUUUCUAAAGUCUUUCAAGCAACUCAGAAUUUUGGCACUGAUAAAUGUACACAAUAAUUUGUACAAUUAACAGAUUUGGAGAGCUGUUCAAACUCAAAAAAAAAAAAAAAUCAAUUAGAAGUGGAUUUGCAUUUUAAAACAAUCCAAAAAGUGUAGUUUAACAAAUGGGACUUUAAUGGUAGUAAAUCUGUGUUGUAUAACACAGUUUUAAAUCAGUGUGAAAUGAAUGCACAGUAUGGAAGAGGACUGAAAGCUCAUGGGGAGAUACGUAUCUGAAGUGUUUCUGAACAGGAUUGUGUGCUUUUUUUGCAUUUGUGGAACUUGAAUUUUUAACCAUGUUGUUUGUUUAAUCUUUUGCUUUAUUUUGCUAUAAUGACAAAAUGAGACUGGGGUGACUUUUAAUAUAUCAUUGGUUUUAAAA